AUGUCUUUAUUUAAAGCCCGUGAUUGGUGGUCUACUGUUCUGGGAGAAAAGGAAGAAUUUGAUCAAGGCUGUCUGUGUUUGGCUGACGUUGAUAAUAGUGGAAAUGGACAAGAUAAAAUAAUCGUGGGUAGUUUUAUGGGAUACCUACGAAUCUUUAACCCCCAUCCUGUAAAAACAGGAGAUGGGGCUCAAGCUGAGGAUUUGCUUCUAGAAGUUCAGCUACGAGAUCCAAUCCUACAGGUGGAAGUAGGACAGUUUGUUUCAGGCACUGAAAUGCUUCAUUUGGCCGUGCUGCAUUCUAGAAAACUUUGCGUCUACUCUGUCUCAGGAACCCUGGGUAAUGUGGAACAUGGGAAUCAGUAUCAGAUCAAACUGAUGUAUGAACACAAUCUUCAGAGGACAGCCUGCAAUAUGACUUAUGGAUCAUUCGGUGGUGUAAAAGGUCGGGAUUUAAUUUGUAUCCAGUCCAUGGACGGGAUGCUGAUGGUGUUUGAGCAGGAGAGCUAUGCCUUUGGGAGGUUCCUCCCCGGUUCUCUCUUGCCUGGCCCCCUUGCCUACAGCUCCCGGACAGACUCCUUCAUUACCGUCUCUUCCUGCCGACAGGUGGAAAGCUACAAGUACCAAGUACUCGCUUUUGCAACAGAUGCAGAUAAAAGACAGGAGACUGAACAGCAAAAACUUGGUUCUGGAAAAAGACUUGUUGUAGAUUGGACUCUAAAUAUUGGAGAGCAAGCCCUUGAUAUAUGUAUUAUGUCUUUCAAUCAGUCAGCAUCUUCUGUUUUUGUUCUUGGCGAAAGAAACUUUUUUUGCCUUAAGGAUAAUGGUCAGAUUCAAUUCAUGAAGAAACUUGAUUGUAGCCCAAGUUGUUUUCUCCCGUACUGCUCAGUUUCUGAAGGAACAGUAAAUACUUUGAUUGGGAACCACAAUAGCCUGUUGCAUGUUUAUCAGGACGUGACACUGAAGUGGGCCUCUCAGCUUCCCCACGUGCCUGUCGCAGUGAGAGUGGGCUCUUUACGUGAUUUGAAGGGCGUAAUAGUUACCUUGAGUGAGGACGGUCACCUGCAGUGCUCGUACCUGGGCACGGAUCCAUCUCUGUUCCAGGCUCCCAAAGUGGAGUCCAGAGAGCUGAAUUAUGACGCCCUUGAUGCAGAGCUGAAAGAACUUCAGAAAAUCAUUAAAGAUGUUAACAAAUCACAAGGUGUUUGGCCCAUGACUGAGAGAGAAGAUGACUUGAAAAUUUCUGCCAUGGUUUCUCCUAACUUUGACUCCGUAUCUCAAGCUCCUGAUGUUGAAGUGGGAACUGACCAUGUCCCUUCAGUCACAGUGAAGGUCACACUCCAGAAUCGAGUGGCAUUGCAAAAAGCCAAAUUAUCAGUCUAUGUGCAGCCACCUUUGGUAUUGUCACGUGACCAAUUCACUUUGGAAUUUACCGCACCAGAGAUGACUAGGACAGUGGCCUUCUCUGUUUUUCUGAAAGGAAGUUAUGCACCCCCUGAAUUGGAAGGAAAUGCUGUUGUUUCUUAUGCCAGACCAACAGAUCGAAGUCCUGAAGGCAUUCCUCGGGUUACCCAAUGUAAAUUCAGACUUCCCCUGAAAUUAGUCUGUCUCCCAGGCCAGCCUUCAAAAAUCGCAAGCCACAAGCUAACGAUUGAUACCAACAAACCUCCAGUCAGCCUUCUCAGUCUCUUUCCAGGCUUUGCCAAUCAGUCCGAAGAGGAACAGGUGAAUGUGAUGGGUUUUCGGUUCUUAGGUGGUUCCCAAGUUACUCUUCUUGCUUCUAAAACCUCACAGCGAUAUCGCAUUCAGAGUGAACAGUUUGAAGAUCUUUGGCUCAUAACAAAUGAGCUUAUUCUCCGCCUUCGAGAAUAUUUUGAAAAGCAGGGAAGCAAAGAUUUCGCAUGUUCUUUUUCUGGAUCCAUGCCCCUUCAAGAAUAUUUUGCGUUGAUCGAUCAUCAUUUUGAGCUGCGGAAAAAUGGUGAAAAGUUGGAGGAACUCCUCUCCGAAAGAGCUGUGCAGUUUCGGGCCAUCCAACGCCGGCUGUUAACGAGGUUCAAGGACAAAACGCCCGCCCCGCUCCAGCACCUGGACACCCUGCUGGACGGCACCCACCAGCAGGUGAUGGCGCUCGCGGACGCCGUGGAGGAAAACCAGGCCAGCGUGCUGCAGGCAUUCAGCAGGCUGCGCAGCGCCACGCACCUGCUGCUGCUGCUGGUCGGGCUGUGGCAGAAGCUCAGUGCUGACCAGAUGGCCAUCCUGGAGGCGGCGUUCCUGCCUCUGCAGCACGACACUCAGGAACUGGGCUGGGAGGAAACGGUGGACGCCGCGGUGUCCUACCUCCUGAAAACCUGCCUCUCCAAGAGCUCCAAGGAGCAGGCUCUGAGCCUGGGCAGCCAGCUGACCAAGCCCCGCGACACCGGCCGCCUGAAGAAGCACAUCACCCUGCUCUGCGACCGCCUGGCCAAAGGCGGCCGCCUCUGCCUGAGCACCGACGCGGCUGCCCCGCCCGCCAUGGUCAUGCCAGGCGGCUGCACUCCGAUUCCAGAGUCAGACCUGGAGGAAAGGUCACCAGAACAAGACUCCACCGAACUGUUCAGCGGCCACAAGCACCCCUCCGCGGAGCCGCCCGUGCCUGAAGUUGCACCCCUGCAAGGCGUCUCGGAGUAG